AUGAGGGUGAAUGCUGUGUUUGCGCAGUGGCACAGCCCAGUUCAUUUUAUUAUUUUACAAGCACAAGGAAAAAUGCCAAACUGGAAACUCAUAGGGUCUUUAAUCCUGCCUAAUGUGGGAGGAUGGGUUGGUGCCCUUACUAUGAUGGGUCAGGUGAAGAACCCAACUAGCAAUGCUUGGUACCAAACUAUUAAAAAACCCAGUUGGAAUCCGCCAAACUGGGUAUUUGGCCCAGCAUGGACAGCUCUGUAUACUGGAAUGGGAUAUGCAUCAUAUAUGGUCUAUAGGGACUGUGGGGGAUUGACAGGAAGAGCUGUUCUCCCAUUGGCUUUAUAUGGAGGCCAGUUGAUCUUGAAUUGGACUUGGACACCGGUAUUCUUUGGAAUGCACAAAGUUGGCUGGGCACUUGUUCACAUAUUAACGCUAGAUGUGGCGGCUGCUGCCUGCGCUGUCAGUUUUUUCAAAAUCAACCCCAACACUGCAUACCUGAUGGCACCAUAUCUAUGCUGGUUGGCUUUUGCAACCUGCCUCAACCAUUCCAUAUGGGAGCUAAACAAAGAUGACCCAAAGACAGCG